CUCUCUCUCUCUCUCCAUAAAAACCAAAGCAAAUAAACAUAAACAAAUCCAAACAACUCACUCUUACUUUUCACCGCGAAGAGCAUUGUGCAAUUUUGCCUUGCGAGGUCUCUCUCUUUUAUAAUCCCUUCUACUCUAUUCCCUAACCUUUCCCCUCCAUUAUUCCUGCUCCAUACACCAUACUUAUCUCUAAGCUAUCAUCAGCAAAAACAAAUAAAAAUCAAACCACCCUCCAAAACCCAAGCUAUUUGCACCAAUCAUAAACUCUCCUUUGGAUCACUUUAAGCUUAGUUUAUAUCAAAAGACGACCCAAAAAUCCAAAAGAAGAAAAGAAAAGUAAUGAAUUACCCAGAUCAAUAACAGUACCUAAGAAGAAUACGGGUUCGAGAAAACGCACCAUGUUCUCGAAGCUUCAUCAACAACCGCAACAGCAACAGCAACAGCAGCACGCCUUCCAACUCUCCCGAGAAUGCCAAACCUCAGAAGACGAUGACAGCAGGAACAGCGGUGGGCCCACUCUCGGCCCGGCCCAAAAGCCAAACGCAACAGACGACGCCACUAUCGAAGUCAUUAGGCGUCCCAGGGGCCGUCCACCUGGCUCCAAAAACAAGCCCAAGCCUCCUCUCGUAAUAACACAGGAGCCCGAGCCCGCCAUGAGCCCAUACAUUCUCGAAAUCCCCAGUGGAAACGACGUCGUUGAAUCUAUAGCUAGCUUCACACGACGCAAGAACUCAGGCCUCUGCAUCCUCUCCGGUUCUGGAACCGUUUCCAACGUCACUCUCCGUCAACCAUCCAACGCCGCCUCCCCCGGCGCCACUGUUACGUUCCACGGCCGCUUCGAAAUACUCUCGAUCUCCGCUACUUUUGUCCCUCACGCGCCGCCGCCGCCGGUUCCAAGUUCGUUCUCCAUCUCUCUAGCCGGACCUCAGGGCCAGAUCGUCGGCGGACUCGUCGCCGGCAAGCUGAUCGCCGCCGGGAUGGUGUACGUGGUUGCGGCGUCGUUCAGCAAAGCGGCGUACCACAGGCUGCAAUCGUCGGAGGAAGAGGUCGCUGGUGGAGGUGGAGGAGGAGAGGUGCAGUCACCGCCGGUUUCUGCUGCGACGGAGAGCGGGAGUGGUGGCGGCGGCGGAGGGGGACACGUGGCGAUUGGAGAUCAGUCCUGUGGAGUUGGAAUCAUGUACAGCGGUCACCUUCCUUCCGAUGUGAUUUGGGCUCCAACGGCAAGACCACCAUUUUGAUUUUAUACGUCGAAAUCACUUUCAUUGUGGCUAAUUGUCUAUUGUGAACUGUUUUAGAUUGGACGAUUUUUAUUUUUCAUUUUUUUAUGUUUUUACUUUAGUUUAAUUGCUAAUUGAUUUAGUGUUUUUUUA